UUGAUCAACCAAUUUGUUAUUGAAUAAAAAAUUGAUUUUUAGGAUUUUAUAAAAAAAAUAUCAGUUAUUUAAGAUAAAUAUAGGUUGAAAGGUUGUUUCAUAUUAUUUUACUAUGGGUUCCGAUGAAUCUGACGAUGAGCCGCUAUCGUUAUUAGCAGCAGCAAAGAAAAUAAAUCCUCAAGACUUUCCGGUGGAUAUCAAAAUUCACGAAAAAAAACCCAAGAAGGAAAAAAUUACACCGCUUAAGAAAUAUGGUGUUACAAUUAAACUGAAUCGUACAAAUUCUACGUCGAAUGCUUUGGUAUCCCAAGCCCUUAUCAAACGUCCGACCGAUGUCUGGCUAUAUCUGAAGGAUUUCAAUACGACAGGCCCAUACAGUUGUUUACUAUGUCCUGAUUGGUUCAUAAACAGACCUAAAAUUAUAAUUCAUUAUGUAUUAAAUCACAAAAAAGAUUUUUGCGGGAUAUGCAGAUACUUUGUUCCUGAUAGAGAAGCGUGGAAAGCACAUGAAAAAUUCCACACGCCUUGGCCUUGUUCUCAAUGCGUGGAAUCUUUCCCUGUGGAAGAUUUGCUAAGAAAUCACUUAAAAACUGUACACAACCUUGUCCAUUGCCGUCUAUGUCACUUUAGAGUGCCAGCUGAUGACAAUUAUACUACCCAUUUGUAUCAAAAGCAUAAUGUCACAAAUAUUUCAUGUAUAUUCGGAGAUUUGUGGCAACUCGACUCACAAUGCAAGUUCCUAUGUCUCCUAUGUUCUAAAUCAGAUAAUACAGCAUCAACUUUCUUCAGUCAUUACAUGGGGUACCAUCAUUUCACAUUAAAAUGCUUCUCCAAUAUGGUUUCUGGGAAGGAUCCACCGUUUUUUGUUAAAGGUGUUGAUGUCAGUCCGCAGUUUAUUCAUGAGGAAUUAAGAAGUCAAAUGAGAUGUGGAUAUGUUGGAAUGCAGAAGCCGUUUGCAAUCCAAGAUUAUUCCAACCAAACUGAUGGAAUGUUUAACCAAAAUGAACCAAAUAUUGAUUUAAGUGUUAUACCGGAAGUCAAACAAGAAGUCCAUUCUGAUGAUGAACAAGUCAAAAGUAAUAAUGAUAAUAUAAAUGAAGAAACAAAAGAAAAUGAAGUGAAAGAUGGUGAAAUAAGAAAUGAUAAUUCAAAAGAUGAUGAGGGAAAAGAUGAAGAUAUGAAGACAGAAAAUGAUGAAGCAUGUGAUGGCAGUAAAAAUGACAGUAUAAGUGAAGAAAUUAUAGAUUAUCAAGGUGAAGAGGACUUUGAUAUGACUCUACUAGAAUUAGUUAUCUUGGAAAAGUGCUAUUUCAACUACAUAGAUAAAAUGUUAAAAGAUAUAGAUGUAAAAACAGUACCAGAGAACUCAGAUGUUGAUUAUAAUACUAAAUCUGAGGCGAAAGAAAUAGACUGUACAAUAUGUAAAACAAAAUUAGAUGAUUUAAAUUCAUUAGCAGUUCAUGUAUCUAAAAUGCAUUGCAUGAAAACUGUAUCAUUGUACUCAUGUAGAGUGUGUGCUACGACUUUCGAAACUUAUAAUGAACUUAGAAAUCAUAUUACUGCAGAAUUGGGUCAAUUUGAAGAUCUCUGGAUAUGUCAGUUUUGCGAUAAGGAAUUUGAUAAUAGAGAAUCUACAAGGAAACAUCUUUCCUUACAUUGGGAUGAAUUAGAAUAUGAGAAUUGUUUCAGCCCCCAUCUUGGUUUUAAGUGUAAAUAUUGUCCAACUUUAUUCUGGAACGAACCAGACAGAGAAUUGCAUCAGAUAAAAGUACAUUUGGAAAAAUAUAAAGAUGAGUUUUAUAAGUGUGAAGAUUGUUCUAAAAUUUUUGGUGAUAAGGUUUGGUUCACACAUCACUACAUGCAGGAACAUAUCAAUGAAAGAACACAGAUGAACAUAUUAUAUUUGUUGAAAUGCUGUGUUUGUUGCAUCUUAUUACCAUCUCUUGAGGAAAUUCGCACCCAUUUUGACGAAAACCAUCCGGAAGCAAGGAAGCUGUAUUGCUGUUUAGAUCCUUGUUUGUAUAGGCCAUUGAGUCAGAAAAAAUCUUUGAAGGUGCAUGUUAAGACAGUCCACGCGGCCCGUUCGUCAAAACCGAAGGCGGUCAGCUGCCACGUGUGUGGGCGCGAGUUUGCGACCGCGCGCUCGUGCAGCACGCACGUGACGCAGGCGCACGGAGCCGUCGGCAAGUUCAAGUGCAAGCUGUGCAGGGAGGUGCUGCAGACUAUGGACGAGAGAAAACUGCACUACCUGCUCCGUCAUCCAGGAAGACAUCCGUUCGAAUGCUCAGAGUGUGGAAAGUCAUUUCAAUACAAAUCAUCACUGUACAUGCACAAACAAGACCACCUGCCGAAUAGACAGAGCUUUACGUGUGACUAUUGUGGGAAAGUGUUUGCGAAGAAGGACUCGUACCGCGAGCACGUGCAGAUCCACGAGGGCCCGCGGCACGCGUGCUCGUACUGCCCCAUGCGGUUCGUGCAGCGCUCCAACAUGCUGCGGCACGAGCGGCGCCACACGGGCGAGCGGCCCUACGCCUGCCCGCACUGCGACCGCACCUUCGCCGACAAGGGCGCGUGCACGUCGCACACUAGGACGCAUUCUAAGGACACGUCGUACGCUUGCCUUUAUUGUGGACAGACUUUCGUGCAGAAAUCCAAACUUACGUACCAUAUAAGAAGACAUACAGGAGAAAAUUUGGAAACGUGUACAAUAUGCAGUAAAUUAUUCACAAGCGCAUGUUCGCUGCGGGAACAUAUGAAAACGCACAUAGCCAAAUCAGAGAAUGUGAAAUGUCCACUUUGCGAUAAAAAGUACCAAGACGAACGUUACAUGUUACGUCACUUGCGCACGUCGCACACGAACACACAGUUCACGUGUCCGAUUUGCCAGAAGACGGUCACAAGCAGUUCCGGGUUGCGGCAUCAUGUCAUGACGCAUAGCACUAUGAAUAUAUUUAGAUGCAAAUGCUGUCCAAAAUCGUACGCAGUCAAGCGAACAAUAAUUAAACAUCUACGCAAACGCCACGAUCUCAACGGAGCAGCAAUCAACAUAAAGGACUAUUAUUCGCGAUUAGAACCAAGAGAAUGCAAUUUGAACUUAGAUGAGCAAACCAUGACAAGUAUUUUUGGACCGCCCAAGAAAAAAGUCACAGAUUUACUUAUAGGCGACUUCGUGACAUUGGCAAAUAAACUACAAUUGGAUAAAAAAGACGAAAAUAACGAAAGUACAGGAGAAUCUGAUGAUAAUGAUGAACAUUCUGAUGAUGAAACACAAGAUAAUUCAACGGAACAAUCUGAAUCUCAGAGCGAUAUACAUCCAAAGUUCACAGAAGUCGUUUGUAAACAAGAGGUAGAUAAUAAUGAAUAUGAGUUGGAACCAACUGAUUUUGUGAGCGUUAAAAUUGAACCUAUGGAAGAAGAGGAAAAUAAUAUUGAAUAGAUUAUGUGAAUUUGUCUAGAAACUUUUUAAUAAAAAAUAUGUUAUAAUUGAAUGUGCAAUAUUCAUACAUAAAGUAUGAUGGUCUUUGUUGUCAUAAACAUAAUAUAACAAUAUGUUUUUAACCUAUUCGUAAUUUAUACCGUCUAAUUGUAAUUAUCUAUAACUAUGUUUAGGUAAAAUAUAGUUAAGUCAGAAGUAUUUAGGAAUAAUUGUUAUUAUUAUCUCAUAGUAUUAAAUAGUCACCUGACACCUACACAUAUGUGUAUCACUAUACCAAUAAAGAUGUUAAUGAAUU